AUGCGUCUAGGCUUCAUAUUUUUCGUGCUUGUGGCUUUACAUAUCGCGUCUAUAAGUGCAACGACGCAACGAACAUUUAAACCGAUUCUCGAUUCGAUCCCGGAGGACAAGGUGCUAGAAACAAAAAAAACGGGGCGGGUUAAAGCGUUUGCUGAAAUACUUAGCAAAUUGCGUUCCUCUAUUGCAGGUCGCUAUGAUAGCGAUUUUCGUCACACCUCAGAAGUUCAAAAAUUGCUGGAUUCCAGUAAAAGCGCAAAAAAAUGGAGCCUCGGUGGUCUCACAGCCAGGUUAAAGUCUAUGAGGUUCAAGUUAAAGUAA